UUAUAACGGCUCUGGCCUAGAAAAAGAUAGAAAAGAAACCCGAGAAUUUGUAAACAAAUUGGAACAGGAACUAAAAAGGAUAGAACAGGAGGAAACAAGUUUUUCCAUCAAAAAAUUUUUACUAGAAAAAAGUUACUUAGUCCAAUUUCAAAAAAAAGAAGCAGCGGGGCGAAGUUUAAGUAAAGCCGAGCAGGCGAAAGAAAAGCGUAUUUAUGACUUGCGAGACAAAGUUUUUGCCAACAUGCAGAAAGAAUUAGCCAGAUAUUACCAAGCGGUAAUCCAAGGCAAUUAUCAUUUAGACGGCUUCCCAGAAAUUAGCGGGGGAAUUAAAGCUUGA